UGGCAGACAUAAGCAGAAAGACAGUUGGUUUGGGUCACUUGGUCAUCUUCAACGGACUUCAGAGCCUCGUACCAGCUUAGUCACUGUGUUAUCUUGCCAACCCCUAUGUUGUUAUACACAUGCGGAAUCUGUUUUGUCAUAUCUUGGGGAGACCCUAUUUCUUAGGGGCACAGCUGAUCUCUAGAUAUGACCAUGUAUUUGUGGCCCAAGCUUCUGGUCUUUGGCUUUGCCUUUCUGGUCACAGAAGUCUUUGUCUCAGGGCAAGUAACAAUGGCACCCAGCACUGGACUGAGCACAACAGAGAAGUCCCUUCCUCUGCUUCAAAGUGACCCCUUACCUGCUCGCACCACUGAUUUCACACCCCCAAGCAUCUCUGAAAGAGGAAAUGGCUCCUCAGAGACCACAUAUCAUCCAGGUUUUAUAUCCACGCUGCUGACGCCUCACCUGCCCCCACAGUCCGACUCGCAGAUGCCCUCUGCCAGAGGAGCUGACACUCAGACACUCAGCAGCCAAGCUGACCUCACUACACUCAUGCCUGUUCUCGGCAGGACUGACCCACCAGGUGGGCCAGGGACUGUCCCAGGGAGCUUUCCUGCAGACACAACCCUUCCUGUCGGCACCCCCAGCCUUGCACGCAACAGCUCUGCUGCCUCACCUACACACACCUCCAAUGUCAGCAUCACAGGUCCCAGCCUCACAACCCCUACACCAUCCACUCUGGGCCUUACAAGCAAUGACACUCCAAGCACAACAAUAGCUACCACAACGAAGCCACCAUGUGAUAAAAUAUUUGAGAACUUUACUGUACAUUACACCUAUGAAAAUAGUAGUGGGACUUUUAAUGCAGACCUUAAAAAAGGUGAUGAAAUCCUUAAGUGUGAUUGUGAAAAAGAGUUAAAAAAUCUACAAGGAUGCAAACCGAAAAACAUCUCUCUGUCUAACGGCUCAUGUACUGCAGAAAAAAUUAUAAAUUUAGAUGUACCACCAGGAAUUGACAAGUUUACGCUACAUGACUGCACACCAAUAGAAGAAACUAAUACUUCAAUUUGUUUGGAGUGGAAAAUAGAAGACUUUAGCUGCGACAGUAAAAAAAUUUCAUACAAAUUUCAAUGUCAGUCAGAUAAUUCAACAUAUGGUAGAAAAUAUGAUUCACCUGAAAAAUUUCAGUUAUACAACCUUAGUGCCCAAACAAAUUACACAUGUGCUGCAGGAAUCUUCUAUAACAAUGUAAAAUUUUUCCAAAAUAAUACAAGUGUGCAGACCGAUUUUGGAAUUCCAGAAAAGCCUAAGUCUGUUUCGUGUGGGAAUCCAACUGAGAGCACAACAAAAGUCGUCUGGAGUGAGCCUACAUCGAAAUUCCAUGGAUAUUUUUUAUGCUAUAAGGCCAAUUCAGAAAAAUGUGAAAAAUUGGCUAGUGAUGUGAACAGUUUUGUGGUGAGAAACCUGAGACCUUAUGAACACUAUAGAGUGUCUCUAUUUGCCUAUGUCGAUGGGAAGAUCCUGCGAAAUGGCACUGCUGAGAAAUGCAACUUUCGGACAAACCCAGCUCAUCCAAGCAAGGUCAAUGGGAUGAAAACCUCCCGGAAGACAGAAAAUAGUAUAAGUGUCACAUGUGAACCUCCUUCUAAAAUUAAUGGCCCUGAAAAGUUUUACAUUUUGGAAGUCAAAUAUGGAGGUUCUCUAGUUAAAAAUGAAAACCAGUCAACAUGUAAAUUUGAUGUAGAGGAUCUCUACUAUUCAACUGAGUAUGAGUUUCUGGUCUAUUUUCACAAUGGAGUGUACCUGGGAGAGCCAGUUAAGAAAAAUUAUGCAACAUCUUAUAAUGCUAAAGCACUGAUUAUAUUCCUGGUGUUUCUGAUUAUUGUGACAACAAUAGCCCUGCUGGUUGUUUUGUAUAAAAUCUAUGAACUGCGUAAGAAAAGAUCCAGUAAUUUAGAUGAACAACAGGAACUUGUUGAAAGGGAUGAUGAAAAGCAGUUGAUGGAUGUGGAGCCCAUUCAUUCUGACAUUUUGUUGGAAACAUACAAAAGAAAGAUUGCUGAUGAGGGUAGACUGUUCCUGGCUGAAUUUCAGAGCAUUCCACGGGUAUUCAGCAAGUUUCCCAUCAAAGAUGCCCGAAAGCCCCAUAACCAGAAUAAAAACCGUUAUGUUGACAUUCUUCCCUAUGAUUAUAACCGUGUUGAACUCUCUGAAAUAAAUGGAGAUGCAGGGUCCACCUACAUAAAUGCCAGCUACAUUGAUGGCUUCAAGGAACCCAGGAAAUACAUUGCUGCACAAGGGCCCCGGGAUGAGACAGUUGAUGACUUCUGGAGGAUGAUCUGGGAGCAAAAGGCCACAGUUAUUGUCAUGGUCACACGGUGUGAAGAAGGAAACAGGAACAAGUGUGCAGAAUAUUGGCCAUGCAUGGAGGAAGGUACUCGGGCUUUCAGAGAUGUUGUUGUGACAAUCAAUGACCACAAACGAUGUCCUGAUUACAUCAUUCAGAAGCUGAACAUUACACAUAAAAAAGAAAAAGCAACUGGAAGAGAAGUGACUCAUAUUCAAUUCACCAGCUGGCCAGACCAUGGUGUUCCUGAAGACCCUCACCUACUCCUCAAACUUCGACGGAGAGUUAAUGCUUUUAGUAACUUCUUCAGUGGUCCCAUUGUGGUACACUGCAGUGCUGGUGUUGGCCGUACAGGCACCUACAUUGGAAUUGAUGCCAUGCUGGAAGGCCUGGAAGCAGAGGGCAAAGUGGAUGUCUAUGGUUAUGUUGUCAAGCUAAGGCGACAGAGGUGUCUGAUGGUGCAAGUGGAGGCACAGUACAUCCUGAUCCAUCAGGCUUUAGUGGAAUACAAUCAGUUUGGGGAAACAGAAGUGAACUUGUCUGAGUUACAUUCAUAUCUACAGAACAUGAAGAAGAGAGAUCCACCCAGUGACCCCUCUCCUCUGGAGGCCGAAUACCAGAGACUUCCUUCGUAUAGGAGCUGGAGGACACAGCACAUUGGAAAUCAAGAAGAAAAUAAAAAGAAAAACAGAAAUUCUAAUGUCAUUCCAUAUGACUUUAACAGAGUGCCGCUUAAGCAUGAACUGGAGAUGAGCAAAGAGAGUGAGCCUGAAUCAGAUGAGUCUUCAGAUGAUGACAGUGACUCAGAAGAAACCAGCAAAUACAUUAAUGCAUCAUUUGUGAUGAGUUACUGGAAACCAGAAAUGAUGAUUGCUGCUCAGGGACCACUAAAAGAAACUAUUGGUGACUUUUGGCAGAUGAUAUUUCAAAGAAAAGUCAAGGUUAUUGUGAUGUUGACAGAGUUAAUGAAUGGAGAUCAGGAAGUCUGUGCUCAGUACUGGGGAGAAGGAAAACAGACUUAUGGUGACAUGGAAGUGGAGUUGAAAGACACAAACAAAUCCUCAGCCUACACUCUCCGAACAUUUGAAUUGAGACAUUCCAAGAGGAAGGAGCCCAGAACUGUGUACCAAUACCAGUAUACCACAUGGAAAGGGGAAGAACUCCCUGCAGAACCCAAAGAACUGGUGUCUAUGAUUCAGAACAUCAAACAGAAGCUUCCCAGGAGUUCCCCAGAAGGGAUGAAGUAUCACAAGCAUGCACCAGUCCUCAUCCACUGCAGAGAUGGAUCCCAGCAGACGGGGUUUUUCUGUGCCUUGUUCAAUCUCUUGGAAAGUGCAGAAACAGAAGAUGUUAUUGAUGUUUUUCAAGUGGCAAAGUCUCUACGCAAAGCAAGGCCGGGAAUGGUUGGCAGUUUUGAGCAAUACCAGUUCCUCUAUGACAUCAUUGCCAGCAUCUAUCCAGCCCAGAAUGGACAAGUGAAGAAAACAAACAGCCAAGACAAAAUUGAAUUUCAUAAUGAAGUGGAUGGAGCCAAGCAGGAUGCUAACUGUGUCCAUCCGGCUGGUCCUCUGAACAAAGCCCAGGAAGAAAAGAGAGAGGUUGAAGCUUCAGAGCCUGCCAAUGCUGAGGAGCCAGAACAUUCUGCAAAUGGUCCUGCGAGCCCAGCUCUAGCCCAGAGUUCAUAGGAUAGAAUUCAAGCGGGACAGCACAAAAUCUCAAAUUAGUUGUUUCUAUUUUUCUAGACCUAAUGAAAGAAAAUGGCUGUGCAGUGGUUCAUGGAAUCUGUAUUCACCUUUGCCACUGUAUAAAACAUAUUUAAGUUUGUCAAAACAUUGUGUACAGUUUUAUGCUUAUUUUAAAAAUGUAUCUAUAUCAUUCAGCAAGAAUGUGUGUAUGUGAGAGAGGAUGUCUGUGUGUGAGAGAGGGUGUGUAUGUGUGAGUGACUCAGCGUGUGUGUGUGUGUGUGUGUGUGUGUGUGUGUGCGUGCAUGUGUGUGUGUAAGAGAGACAUCUAAAUGUGAUUAUAGAGUACUUUCAGCCCAUUCUAAAUGCUUUUGGGAAACAGUGCCUUUUUCUCCUCCUGAAGAAACUAUACAUUUUCUAUCUAAACUGUUAAUUUGUUUGCAGAACUCAUUUUUUAAAAUCCCAUUGAAUGUGGAUUCAGUUGUAAGAAUAACAAUGUGUACCUUUCUAGAAUGACCUCAAGAUGUCCUCCUUGUCCUACUGAAGAUCUUGUAGUUUAAGAUGUUAUUUCUGGAGAUACAUAAAAGUCUGUAAGCAUGCUAUGAGUGUGUACAGCUGCUCGAGGGAAGUGAAAUAAAUUAACAUGUGAGACUUACGUUCCUCAUACUGUCAUUUCAUCACUAUCUCUUAAUACAUAAUUAAUCAAACAUAAAAAUCUCAAAGGAGCCUAUUUUUGUAUCCACUUGGGAAGUGGAACUUUGCAAGUCGGUUACUGUCUACACAAUAGAUGAAAAUUACUAUCUAAUGUUCUUGAUCAUAUCGAUAUAUGUUAUGAAUCUAAAUAAUUGUCCUUAACUGAGAAUAAUGUAUGUUAAAAAUCCAUAGGAUAAAAACAGGGGCAUAAAAAUUGCUUGUACUGAAUAUUUACAUAGAUGACCUCAUAUAGUUCUCUUAUGGAAUUCAGCAUUCAUGAGAAACAUAAAAUUGAAUAUGGCUGUUUCCUAUGUUUAAGACCAUCUUUGACUUUCAUUAAUGUGCAUUUAUCUUGAAUUUCUUAACUGUUUAGUUUACUCGUGCCUAGACAUAGCAUUGAUUACCAUAAUAAACUUUCAACUAUUACCUUCCUUGCUUAUGUGGCUUGUGUUACAUGUUUGUAAUUGACAGUGAAACAACUUCUUCUUCAAGCUGAGAUUAGUUUUCCUGUCUUGUUCAUUGGUGAGAAAAAUGAAGAAUGGUCAUUUACGGGCAUCAGAAGGGGAUAAAGAGGACUCUGUUUUCUCAGAUUUCAAUCUCAUGUCACCUGGUAAAGGUCCUGUUGCUCUUUGCUGGAAAACAUUGUGGACAUUUGCAGUUCUGAUGCCGAAGUAACUUCUGGGUGGUUUUUAUGCUGAUUUUUGAGUUGUUUCAGAAUGCUGACAGUUUUCAAUGAUAUCUAUUGGAACACAAUUCUACUACUGUUUACUUAGUAGCAUAUUUGUAAUGGCAUCAAGCUGUAUUACUUUGAACUCUAGGAAAACAGUGUGGGAAGGCUGAUCUACAUUUUGCUCACGUGUUAAGUUUUCUACCAAGGAUAUGGAGCAUUCAUGAAAUGUGAAGUUAUUCAACUUAUAAAACAUUUUUAGGACUUUUAAAAAUAAAGUAUAAAAUUAUUUGAAAA